AUGAAACUCGGAAACGUGGCCAAACGCUGGCAGGUAAUAUUCGGCACGUUGACGUUCGCAACCAACUUCUUCGUAAACUGUCUGCAAAAAAGUCGACUCACAGACGUUACGUUGUGCCCCCCCCCACACACACACAUACACACGCGAAAUAAAACUAUAAAAAAAAAAAAAAAAUAAUGAUAAUAUUUACGCUAGUUUAAUAAUAUUAUAUACAUAUUGUUUUAUUAUCUAGUUAUUGGUGGUUUCUAACGACCUAACCUCAUAUAUUAUGUAGGUAUAGUAUAAUAUAUAUAUCAUUAUAACUACUCUUUUUUGGGGGGGAUUUUUCCAUCGCACGGAGUAAGUAAAAUUGCGGUCAAUACGAUUUAUAUCAAUAUCCUGUCUAUAUUAAUAUGAAACAAAUUAAUUUGGUCGAUAUACGUAAAUCGCUUAAAUAUUGACAAAUAAUAAUAGAUCGACGGAACUUGAGUUCAAAUUCUUGUAAAUAUAUGUGCCUAUUUAUUCAAACUAAAUCUAUUUAUUGGAAAAAGUAUACGAGGUUCAUAAAAAAAAUAAAUAAAUAAAUAGAUCCUCUUGACUCCUUGUUAUCUUUUUAUUCUACAUUAUAAAGAUAUCAUAGGAUAAUAAAGACGGGUACAGCCACUGUUAUAGUUAAUUAUUAUUAAUGUUGUACCGAUUUUCCCAGUUUUCCUACGUUUUUCCCGGUUUUACCAUGUUUUAUCCCGGUUUUUCACAUUUGUUGGGAAAACCGAAAAAUAAUGUCUCUAAAUUACCUCGCUAGUGAAAUUUCUUUUUAGAUAAGCAUAAAGAAAAGUUGUGCUAAGAAAAAAAAAUCCGUAAUAAUUUUAACUAAUACCUAAAUUUUGUACAUUUUCAGUUUUUCCUCCGUUAUUUUUCGCUUUUUUGCAUUUGAUAAGAAAACUCUUCUAAAACUAACCUCUUUAAGGUACCUUUCCACACUAAUUUCUUUUCAGAAAAAGUGCUACACAUAAAAAACGGAGAAAGUCCUCUGGUAGAAAAGUUGUCCACAGAAAAAAAAAAUAAACAUCUUUUUAAAACCAUAAGCUUCUUCGCUCCACUCAGAAUCUAAAAUUUGUCUCUGUCAAUGAGGAUUUACAUAAAUUAUAUAUGACUUUAUAUAGUUUUUUACGCUUGUCAAUGGCAUAAGUGAACACCAUAUAGGUACUAACUUGUUUUUUGUGUGUACGCAAAAUACAUAUUAUAGUGUCGCCGUGAAAUUCAACACACCUACGUAUAUUAAGAAUGACGUAUAGUUUUUAUUAUUAUUAUUAUUUUUUUAAAUUUUUUUUUUUUUGGAAAUAUCUGUUAAAUAUAAUAUUUCAAUAAUUAUUGCUUUAGUCUUGAAAUUUAAAAUAAUUAAUAAUAUUAUUGCAGCAAAGAUGAAUUACACUUAUAUUAUAAACUCAAAUACUAAUAAUGUACUGUAUAUGUAAAUGUGAUAGUCGCGUCCUAUCAAACAUAUGUAGUAAUACGAAAAUAAGGCNUAUUUUACAUAAUGUAUGAUAGCUUAAAUAGCAUAUCAUUACACAUAGUCCUCGUUUGGUUAAAUUCUCGUGACAGAACAGAAAAAAACUAGAGAUUUCUAAUAAUAUUAGGUAUAUUAAAAAUCGAAGUUACAUUGUGGUUUAAAUUACAGAUAAUUAUGUCAGUAAAAAUAUGUUUUGCCCUUUAAAAUCGCGUCUAAUAAAAGACAAUUUACAAGAAAUCAAAAAUUUGAAUACAAUAACUUACUAUCGUUGGUUUAUAAUAUGGAACGCUCGCGGUAUAUUCUUUCGUAGUUUUCCUUGAAUCGCUUAUGGGCCUAUUCACACGACUUAUACAAUAUUAUAGAUACAAUCCGGCCAGAAUAAAAACAAUUGACACCGCACUUUGCCCAUUCUAUGUAAAUAUUAUCGUCCUACGUCCACAUGUGGUAUAGAAUAUAGACCUGCGUUUUGAAUUUUUUGGCUCAGUAUAUUCAAACAUUGAGUUCGAUGUAAAUUCACAACAAUUAUGUAAUAUACGAUAUGCAGUCUAUAAAUAAACACUAUUAUUUUAACGAUGUCGUAUGAAAAUAAAAUUUUAAAAUUAGUAGCUACCUCUGCAGUAUAACGUGUGCAUUAUGUCACAAAAAUACAGUUAUGAUUCGUUGAAAUUUUCAUUAUGCUGUUAUUCAGUAUACUGUCUAUACCUAUAUCACAAAGGUAACAUAAAAGUAGGUAAAAAUAGUUUAUUAAAAUUCAAAAUCUUAUAUCGAGACUUAUUCGCACGAACCACGGUGUUGACAAUGAUAAUACAUUCAAAUACAGUAUUGUAACCUCAAAAUGUGAACAUUAUUACCGAUAAAUAACAAUUCCUGUUUAGUUUAUAACUAUAUUAUCUUUACACAUAACAAAUGUACAAAUGUAUGUAUACAUAAAAAAAAAAAAAUGGAAAAAGUGGGUUUUCGUACAUUAAAAGUAAAAAGACUGGAUUUAUAUUAUUUUAUAAUUCACAAAAAAGCGUUUAAAAACGUCAAAAAAGGUCUUGAAAAAUUCGUUUAAAAAGUAAAAAUGAUAGAAAGAUUUAAAAUUCUCCCUAACCCCUUCCUAAUUGCUCUAACUUAUUGAAUUUAAUUUCCUAACACUAUACAAAUGAUUAAUAUAAAAUAAUUUCUUUUAAAUAAAACUGUACGUAUUAUAAAAAAAAAGGACUUUUUAUUCAUCAUUUUUGUGGUAUUAUAAAAAUUGCAUUUAUAAUAAACUUGUUAGUGGAGGAACUAUUAAACCUCUCUAUUAUUUAUUGCUUUUUUAAAUAUUUUUUUCAGGGCUCUUAUAACGUUUUCAAGUGAUUUUUUGUGGAUUAAUAUCGAGGAUCUACUCAUAAAUUAUAUAUGUAUAUACCUUUAUAUUAUAUAUGUUAACACAAUUUCAAAUAUAGAAAUUAAAUAAGCACUCGUGCAGAUCGAGAACAAUAUACGUAGGAUCAUAUGCUGAUUCCACCGUAAAUUUGAAUUACUAAGUAUUAGGGUUCGGAACUUAUUACACUUAAAGUUCACAAAAAAGUGUUUAAAAACGUGAAAAAAGCCUUCAAAUAUAGCACCUUAAGUAAAUAUUAUUAGACCAAAUGAAUCACCUCCCUCUAACGACUCUAAAUUAUUAAACAUAAUUUUCUAACACCACACAAAUUAUUAUCAAAAAUGUAUUCUGUUUAAAUAAAAUUAUACGCAUUAUAAAAAAAAAUAACUUUUGUAUAGCUAUAAAUUUGUAUAGCGUUAAAAAAUUGUAUUUAAUAAGUUAAAGCUGUUAGAGAGGAGUAAAUUUAAUCUAUUCUGCUAUUUUGUCUAAUAAUAUUUGUUUGAAGUGCUUUUUUUGUGUAAUAAGUUCCGAACCAGUGACGCAUUCAUGUGUUUUCGGGUGUUUUGGGUGUCUGGACACCUUUCUUGAACCGUAUUAAUGGAAAUUAUAUUCCAUAACAAUUGAAAAAAAAAAAAUGUUUUUUUAAAUUUAUAACGUUCAACUGCCGUCAUAAUUUAUUUAUAUGUAUCAUUAGAAAGUAUUGUUUAAAAUACUAUUAAUACAGAAUGCAAAUGUGUUACCUAGUGUUAUAAAUGUUACUAAUGUUACCAUGUCUUUUGUCCAUAGUUUACCGACAAAUUCGGAAAUUUAUCAUAGCUAAAAUAAAUAUACUAUUAAAACCCAAAGAUAUCUAUAAUAUAAUAUAGUGCAAAUAUCAGUAUUACAACCAUAUAAUUAUUGUACACUAUUCUAGAAUUAAAUAUUGCGAUAAAACAGUCACUGAACUGUCUGUAUUUACAUGUUUUUAUUAUAUCUGUUCAGUUGUUUGAUAGUUAUUGUUGCCGUCGAUUAAAUAAAAUUAGCAAGCGUGUAUGUAUAACAGACUUUGUUGUCAAAAAAGUACCUCGGCAAGAAUUGACACAAUCAAUUGUGAAAACAAACAUCGAGAAAUCUUGUCCGGAUAGCGGACCUUUUAGAAUGUAAUAUAAAGCUAUAGAAAAAUUUAACCAUAAUGAAAAAUGUAAUUAUCACCUCAAUCAGUUGAACAAUAUCAAAAUAUUGUUGCUAUUGAAACUGAGGAAGGAGAUUCUAUCGAUUUACAAUUAAAUAAAGUUGCUAAAGUACAAAGGGAAUUAAAUAGAAAAAUAAUUAUUACUGUAAUCGAGUCUAUGAUUUUUUUGUGGAAGACAAGGAAUCGCCUUACGGGAAAAUCGUGAUUUUGGAACAUUAACUACAGAAAAUCCGGUAGAAAAUGACGGUAACUUUAGAGCUUUAAUGCGAUUUCAUUUAAAUGCAACAAAACUGUCUAGUGACGAAUCUUACCAAUUAGCUAGAACUAAUUGUGUAAAACAUGCAUAGUAUACAAGUUGGAAGAUUCAAAACGAAAUUAUCGGUUCUUGUCAUGAAAUUAUAUUAUCUGAAAUCGUUAAUGAAGUGAAUAAUAGUAAAUGUUUUUCGGUUAUAGCAGACGAAACGGCAGAUGUUGACAUUGAGCAAUUGCUCAAUUUGUGUUCGUUAUUUUGAUUUUAAAUUAAAAUAGUAUUAAAACAAUUUUUAAAAUUUGUUCCUGUCAUAGACUUAAGUGGAAGCGCACUUGCAAGUAUAAUUAUUAAAGAACUUACUGAGAUGAAAAUUGAAAUGCAAUAUCUAAGAGGGCAAAAUUACGACGAAGCUGAAUCGGUGAGUGGACGAUUCAAUGAUAUUCAGGCAUGCAUAAAAAAAUAAUAUAAAACAGCUAUAUAUGUCCAUUGCAGUUCACACAGUUUAAAUUUGACUGUUUCUUAUGCUUGCAGAUUACAAGGUAUUCGAAAUACUAUGGACACUAUUAAAAAGGUUUUCGUAUUUUUAAUUACUCCAUAGAAGCAAACAGAAUUUUCAAAAUAUGUCAGGGAACCCAAGGGAGUCAAGCACAGACUCGUAAAGAAAAACUACAGCAAUUAUGUUCGACAAGAUGGGUUGAAAGGCACGACUCGGUAACAGUAUUUAAACAACUUCUUCCGGCUGUACAUUUGUGUUUAGAAGAGAUGACUAGUUGGGCAAAUAACGAAUCAUCAAUUAAAACUCGUAUGUUAUUAUUGUCUCUAAAAGAAUGUGAGUUUAAUGUUGGUCUUAUUGUUUUAAAAAGUAUAUUUUAGUACACGGUAUCUUUAUGUAUAUACUUACAAAAACUUAACAUAGAUCUAAUUUAAGCUCUCGAGCUUGUUUAUAAUGUACGUCAAUUACAUUAACUUUAGAACAACGUCAACGGAGAGUUUUCAAAAUGUUUUAAUGAACUUCAAAGAAAAUCAAAUGAUUUAUAUUUUGUAACACAAAUGCCUAGAAUUAAGAAAAUACAGACUUAUAGACAGAAUACUCCAAGAAAUUUGGUUCAAGAUUAUUUUAAAUUUUCUUUAUUUAUACCUUUUUUAGAUUCAUUCAUAAGUCAGUUAAAUGACAGAUAUAGUAAUUAUAAAGAAAUUGUUCAAAAGUUCCGAAUGCUUUUUCCAAUUGUUCCUCUUACUAAAAAACAAGAAAAGUUAAUAGAACAUUUGGUGGAAUUUUAUGUUAACAACGUGAAAGAUUUAUUAAAGGUUUUAGCUGAAGUAAAGAUUUGGCAUCAUCAAGUUAUUAAACUAUCACUGGAAAACAAUUUAAAAAUGGUUACUGCAAUUGAAGUAAUCGGUAAUUGCAAUAAUGCUCUAUAUCCUAAUGUUUAUAAGUAA